AUGCUACCGUUUCCUGCUGCACCCCCCUCCAGGCUAUCUACAAUUCAAGUACGGGCAGCUUCACGGCUUGUUGUGGCUGCCACCGGGGGAUUCGGGCAGGCCAGGAAAAAGAAACGAGACAAGGUGGUGUACGUGUGCGAUCAGUGCGGAAACGAGAGCAAGCAGUGGUGGGGGGACUGCUCCGCCUGCGGCGCGCUGGGCAGCUUGAAAAGAUUCACGGUGACCGACGAUGAGCCGGGGCCGGGGGGUGGAGGCGGGGGGGCAGCAAUCCGGGCAUUUGAACGGUCUAGAGGGAAGGUGGGUGGUCCGGGGGGCAGGGAAGAUCCGAAGAGGCGAAGAGCAGAUGAUGGGAGCGGGAAUGGUAGCAGUGCUAGAAGUGGUAACAGUGGUAGCAGUGUUAUGAGUGGUAGCAGUGGGGUGAGGAGAGCAUAUCCCCGAACGGAUGCUGGUGGUGUUAGCAGCACUGGAUCAGUGCAGUCAGGUGCUGCUGCUGGUAUUAACUCACAGCAAGUGAGCAGUGUGGCGGAACAGGGGGAGGAUGAGGGGGAGGAGGAAGGUGAGGAGGAGGAAGAAGGGGAGGGAAGUGAGGAAGAGGAGGAAGGGGAGGAAGAGGAGGGUGGCAGUGGACAGUACAGCAGGAAUGGAAGCAAGGGGCCGGAGGGGGAGGAGAUUUGCAGAGUGCUGGGCGGAGGGGUUGUGCUGGGGUCCCUGGUGCUUGUGUCCGGCAGCCCAGGUGCCGGGAAGAGCACCCUUCUGCUUCAGUUGGCAGGGCUGCUGGCAGAGGAAGCAAGGGGCUCGCGGACAGGGGGUUCCCCGCCUGCUGUGCUUUAUGUGUCGGGGGAAGAGCGCGAGGAGCAGCUGGCCACGCGUGCCAAGCGCCUGGGCAUCACUGCGGACAACCUCUUCCUGCUCUCUGAGAACAACCUCGAGAGCAUACUGGAGGGCAUCACGGAGUUAGAGCCGCGCGCUGUGAUAGUGGACUCCAUUCAGACCAUGCACCUGCCAGGUGUCACCGGCUCAUUGGGCAGCGUCAGCCAGGUGCGAGAGUGCACGCUGCUGCUGCUUUUGGAGGCCAAGAACCGAGGAAUCCCCAUCUUCAUUGUGGGCCAUGUGACUAAAGCGGGGGAUGUGGCAGGCCCGAGGGACCUGAAGCACAUAGUGGAUGUGGUGAUGCACGUGGAGAGCGACAGGCAGGAGAGUCACCGCAUCCUCAGCACCAGCAAGAACCGAUUCGGAUCAACUGAUGAGGUGGGCGUGUUCGAGAUGGCAGCGCAGGGCAUGGUGGCAGUGCCCAACCCCAGCCUCGCCUUCCUCCCAGCCAGCCGCACGCGGGGCAGUGCAGCGGUGGCUGUGGUGAUGCACGGGAGCAGGCCGCUGCUGCUGGAGGUGCAGGCGCUAUGCGUAAAAGCCAUUCCCAACAUCCCCCCUACCAAGACCGCCAACGGUGUCGACAUGUAUCGCCUCACCAUCCUCACCAAGAUCAUGCGCCACAUCGGCCUGCCCAUCGCCUCCCGGGAUGUGGUGGUGAACGUGGUGGGGGGCAUGCAGGUGAAGGAGCCUGCUGCUGACCUCGCCAUUGCUGUCGCCAUCGCCAGCAGUCUGUACGAGAGCCCAGUGCCAUCGGACACGGCCCUCAUUGGCGAGAUUGGGCUCAACGGGGAGUUGAGAGGGGUGUCUCAGCUGGAUCGGCGGGUGAAUGAGGUGUCGAAGCUUGGCUUUUCUCGCUGUGUUGUGCCGGCGAAGCAAUGGAAAGGGCAAGCAGCACCCAGUGGAUGUGAGGUGGUGAAAUGUGAGGGACUACGAGAUGCAUUGAAGGCAGUAGGGAUACAGAGCACGGGUUACGGGGGUAAAAGGAAGGCCAAAGAGGAGGAAAUUGAUGAGGAUGAAGACGACCUUCUGCUGCGCCCGCCCCUCGCCCUUCUCCCUGCUCCACCUUUCUUCCCUUCCCGCUUCUUCCCCCUCGUCGUUGCUCUUCUCCUCCGCUUCUUCCGCCAACCCCUGCUUGCGCCGCCAAUGGCGUCCCUCGCCGCGCAAAAUCUCGCUCGCGAGCUCGGCGCGCUUUCCGCCCAGCUUUCCGGGGGCGCGGAUUUCCCCGUCAGGCGAACUUCUGUUCCUCUAGCGGGUGUGACUAAAAAGAAUCGCCUUCUGCGGGCGGCUGCGGACCCCAGCAGCAGCAGCGAAUCGCAACGCCCGCCGUCGAGUGCGCUCAGCCGUCGAUCGCUGCUCGCCGUGUCGCUGUCCGCGGCAACUCUCGCACCGCUCCUGUCGCCGUCGCUUCCCUCGUUUAGUCCGGUGGGCCCAGCUCAUGCUGCUGACGUGGAUCUGUCCCCUGCUGAGCUGGAGGCAGCAGUGCGGCGAGCAGUGGCGAAGGUGGUAACCAGAGCCAAGGCGCCUGGCGCGCUGAGGAUCGUGUUUCACGACGCAGGGACGUACGACCUGGCGAGCAACACAGGGGGGAUGAACGGGUCGGUGCGUUUUGAGUUGAAGCGACCAGAGAACGAUGGGCUCAAGCGAACCAUCAAGGUGCUCGAGAAGGCACGCCUGGAGCUCGGGCCCCUGGCAAACGUGGUGUCCUGGGCCGAUCUCAUGGCAGUGGCGGGGGCUUACGCAGUGGAGUCGUGUGGCGGGCCGCACAUCCCUGUGCGCAUGGGCAGGCGAGAUGCGAGUGGCCCCGACCCGGAGAACCGCAUGCCAGCAGAGACGCUGAACGCCAAGGAGGUCGUUGCCAGCUUCAAGUCCAAGGGCUUCAGCCUACAAGAGACAGUGUGUCUACUGGGAGCGCACACACUGGGAGGGAAGGGCUUUGGCGAUGCCACCAGCUUUGACAACGCCUACUACUCCAUUCUACUGACCAAGCCGUGGCUCGACACGAGGAACAGCAUGGCGGACAUGAUCGGGUUGCCAUCGGACAAGGCCAUUGUGGACGAUGACGACUGCCUCGUGUGGAUCAACAAGUACGCCAACGACCAGGACCUCUUCUUCCGGGACUUUGUACCGGCCUACACCAAGAUGGUCAACAGCGGAGCCGUGUGGGCAUGA